GCUACAGACAAGUGAGUGUCAGUAACCAUAGAGCCAGUUUAUCUUUGAACUCUGACUUUCAACUGCCACCUUGUGGUGUAAUUGAGGAACACCACAUUGUUUCUAAAUGCAAAUACACAGUGCACUACUUUUGACCAGGGCCCAUAGGGCUCUCAAGUAGGGAAUAUGUUGCCAUUUGGGAUGGACACUAGCUCUGUGGAUUAGCCAUGCUGUUUCACUGCUACUCAGCAGUUAGUGAGGAACAUGGCCAGAGGGGAACUACUUUAGAGGAAACUCAAAUCUCCAGCCAGUAGGGAGGAGGAAUCACACAGUUACACAAGUCUGUGUUGUGGUGGUGACAUGGCACUAAAGAUAGCAAAAGAAAUGAACAAAACCAUUCCUUCCUGUGUUUGCUGCUGCAGGCUACAGACAAGUGAGUGUCAGUAACCAUAGAGCCAGUUGAUCAUUCCUCUACAUUAACGUUUUAAAGGGGAGCUGUGAACUCUGAUUUCCGACUGCCACUUUGUGGCAUAAUUGAGUAACACCACACUGUCUCUAAAUGCAAAUCAAGUGACAUAUAUACAGUAUGUAUAUCAAGUGAAAUAGAUCAACUAUAGCUUCACAACAUAAAUUAUAAUGUUUUGAUCAGUUCAUCAUACAGUAACAGUUAACUUUGGUUAAACUGUUCAUUUUUGAUGAGCUUGUUCUCAAAAGGGCUGAUAUAUUUCAUGCUUUAGUGACAUGUCACCACCACAACACAGAUUUGUGUAACUGCGUGAUUCCUCCUCCCUACUGGCUGGAGAUUUGAGUUUCCUCUAAAGUAGUUCCCCUCUGGCCAUGUUCCUCACUAACUGCUGAGCAGCAGUGAAACAGCAUGUCUAAUCUACAGAGCUAUUUCAAGUACCAAAUGGCACCAUAUUCACUACAUAGUGCACUACUUCAGAGCACUAUAUAGGGAAUCGGGUGCCAUUUGGGGUUAAGAACUAGAGGUCCUCCCCUUCCCACUAAUUCUCCUUGGCAACAGUCAGGUGACCACAGCAGAAUUAAUUGAGGCAAGCUGCUGUGUUGCUCCUCUUGUCUCCCUCGCUCACACUCUCACUCGCUCUGCUGCACAGGGCCGGGAGAACUGUGCUGUGUUGCAUGACUCUGUCUAUCUGUCUGCCUGGGUUUUGCCGAGUGCCGACAUGACCACAGACCAGGAGAAGAAUGAGCUCACACAGACUCCGCUGCUCAAGAUCUGGGUGCCAUGGUUGGGGAUGGGGGGCUACAAGCUAAAUCGCAGGAGAGGCUGUAAGUGAGAAGAACCACUCAGCCUGGCCUUAUGUCUAGCUCUCGCUUUUUCUCAUUCUCUGUUUCUCUGUUUCUGUCUCUCUCUCUCUCUGUGUAUGUGUCUCUGUCUGUCUCUCUCUUUCCCUUUCUCUCUCUUUCCCUCUCUCUCUUCUUCUGUCUGUUUUAUCUUGUCUUUCCUCUCCAGUUCAGAGGCACACUUCAACACUCAGACAUUAAUUUACAAAUGAAGCAUUUGUGUUUAGGUAGUCCACCAGAUCAGAGGCAGUAGGGAUGACCAGGAAUGUUCUCUUGGUAAGUGCGUGAACUGGACACUUUUCCGGUCAAAAUGUAAGAGUACUUUUGGGUGUCAUGGAAAAUGUAUGGAGUAAAAAGUACAUUCUUUUCUUUACUUAUUUAGUGAAGUAAAAGUAAAAGUAGUAAAAAAUAUAAUAGUAAAGUACAGAUACCCCAAAAAACUACAUGUGUUUAAAGUAUUUUUACUGAAGUACUUUACACCACUGGAUACUGUAUGCCGACGCUGCAGUCAGUCACCAUUCAUAGCGACGCUGCAGUCAGUCACCAUUCAUACAAAGCACACAGGGAGGACCUGGAUCCUGGUUCUCCUGCAGUAUAUCAUCCCUCUUAGGGGCCAAUUGUGACCCAAGUGAAGCUUAUGUAAAUAUAACAUAAUUUUUCUCAUUAUGCUUAUUCUGACCUUGAAUUUAAGCACGAGAAUAGCAUGCUAUUCACCCGCUAUUCGUUCGGGGUGGAGAUCUAAGAAAUGAAGGUGUGGUGGAGGUGUGUCUACAGAUACGCCGUAUUCUGACCUUGACUUAAUUCCCUGAGAAUUCCACCACCUUUCUGUGAGAGGAAACCAUGAAUAUUGUUGUUUUUUUUCAGAUAGAAAUAACACCAUUCUCCAUGCAAUGUCAUGUAAUUUACAACUUGAUAAGAGCUAUUGAUAAGGUAAAUGAGUAAUCCGUUUGGAAGGGAAUAGUAAAUAUAAAUGGCAUAUUGUUUUAGAUCUAUUUGACCUUAUAAUCGCUAGAGACAAAUGGGAAUCAGUCAUAUGGCAGCAAACUGAAGCAUAUCAACAUUCCCACAUUAAAGUUUAUGAAACGCUGUGCCGUUAUGCAGCAUUUAAAUUGUACAGCCUUUUAACUUGCAGGGAUGGGCACUCUCAAAUGUAUUUAUUAUAGGCUAUCCAGACUUUCUAUGUUGUCUAUUUAUAUCAUGUUAAAUAUUAGCCACUAUCAGUAUCGACCGUCAGUAGGCCUAAUAACCACACAUAUUCAACUAGCAAUUUACUGUUAGUUCCAUUCAGUUGGUAUAGCCUACAUUAUCAUUCCAUUUAAUUACAUUGUUUCGUUUACCUUAAUUUGCUUCCUCUGUAAACACCAUCACGGCCGUGUGGUUGUUGCUGAGGAUCAUUAGUAACAGUUAGUAAUAUAAAAAAAGACAGAACUGAAUAAGGUAAGUCUGAAUACCAAAGUGAUUAGGAAAGGCAUAAGUAGGAAAGGCAUAAAUUCCUAUAUCUGAAUCAACCCCUUAUUGCCUACUGUACUAAAAGUCUCCGCUGGAGUAAGUGGAGCUGCUUACAUUUCUGAUAUGAGAAAGGAUAUCUGGAGUUUGUGGAUAUAUGCAGUUUGAACAUGACUUUAUUGAGAGGUCUAAUUUAUCCUGCAGAAUGCUUCUGUUCCAGUUUUUGUGUUUCUAUGAUGAAAUCUCAUGCUGAACAAGAUGCUGGUACUGUACUGUCCUCAGGGUGGUGUUGUCACCCAUGUCACUGGCUGCAUGGGAUACUCUGUGGUGCUCAGGGUAUUGUGAGGUAGGCCUACACUCUCAAAGGAGUUGACUAAUUACUUGGGCCAUGAUUAUUAUGCAGAACACAUUUGUAUACCUCUGGUAAGACAUAACAUGGUAGCAAUGAUGACUCAACCAAUCCCAUUGGGAGAUCUGAUAGGUGUGCCCUGGUUAGCUGAUAUUUCAGCUAUGUGUCCCCUGGUGCCCUCUCUCUUGAUGAGAUGGUGAGCAUUACGUUUGCACACAUACACACUUGAAUGUAGUCUUUACUCUCACCAUUGAUUUGUGCCAUUGUUAAAGUGUUCAUAGAUAACCCUUCUAUUUACCCACCAGGCAUGUACAAUAGAUUCCUAUGGUGUUUGUCUUGUUUUUCCCCAGCCUCCGUGCCCCAGUUUACCAACUCCCCCACUCUGAUUGUGAUGGUUGGACUGCCUGCCAGGGGGAAGACAUACAUAUCCAAGAAGCUCACCCGCUACCUCAACUGGAUAGGGGUUCCCACAAAAGGUGAAUUUACACACACUAGCCAAGUUCAAUGAUCUGAGGUGUGCUUGAGUACCCAUGUACAUCACUGAGGACUGGAGUUGAUGGUCUUUCCCUCUCUGUCUAUCAUCUAUCGUCUAGUCUUCAACUUGGGCCAGUAUCGCAGGGAAGCAGUCCAGAGCUACAAGAGCUUUGAGUUCUUCAGAGCGGACAAUGAGGAGGCCAUGCAGAUUCGCAAGUAAGAGAUGCUGCGGGUUUGAGGGGUUGCUCUAUCUAUGUUAUGAAGCUAUGGCCGGGGCUGCGUCUGAAAUGACACCCUAUUCCCUUUAAUGCUCUACUUUUCCACUACCUUUUGGGCAUGGUCAAAGUAGCAGUGCACUACAAUAUAUAGGGAAAAGGGUGCACAGCAAAUAUGCAAGUGUUAAAAUCUCAGUGUUGAGGUAGAAAGUGUUGUGAGUGUUACAUUUGACAUUUUAGCAGACACUCUUAUCCAGAGCGACUUACAGUUAGUGAGUGCAUACAUUUUUCAUACUGGCCCCCCGUGGGAAACGAACCCACAACCCUGGCGUUGCAAGCGCCAUACUCUACCAACUGAGCUACAGUGUUAUAUCUGAGAGUUUAUUCUAAUGGGGUUAACGCCAGGGGGAUUGAAAUUGACACCACAUGUGGUGAAUAAAUGAAGUGUUAUUUGAAUCACAGUGGAAUCAACAGUGUGUGGUGCUGUUGUUACUCGACUGUGUUGAGUUCAUUUCCGUUAACUCUCUCAGUGAAAAAGAUGUGGGAGGGGCCUCAUUAUCAUAUUUCCAAGCAUGCUUUGUUGCAGGUUGAUUCUUAUAAUAAUUUGUUUUAAUAUCUGUGUUUCCUCAUGCACAUUGAUUAUUUGGCGUUGGACUUAUUGCACCCGUUACUGACAUGGGUUGGGUUGGGUAGUCUUAUUUGUCAAGUGGUCCUCUGUAGCUCAGCUGGUAGAGCACGGCGCUUGUAACGCCAAGGUAGUGGGUUCGAUCCCCGGGACCACCCAUACACAAAAAUGUAUGCACGCACGACUGUAAGUCGCUUUGGAUAAAAGCGUCUGCUAAAUGGCAUAUUAUUUUUUAUUUUUUUAUAAGUCCUUCACCAUAGCAGUCAUUUUGAAUGCAGAUCGUGGGUGAUAAAAUAUUCCAAUUGAUGGAUAUCCUUCCUCUGGCUGUAUUUCGAUAGGAAUUACUAAUCAGUUCACAAACCAGGGUAUUGUGACUUGCAGGUCUGAUGUGGCCCAUGAGCCAAGAUUUUCAGACCACAAUGUUGAGGAUAACUAGGCCAUAACUAAAGGCCUUAUGAAAUGUAUAAUAUAUGGUCAUAAAGGGUUUACUUUUAAUUCAAACACAUUCACUUAGGCAGUCACUUGGUGAAGGCUUCAGGACUAAAAGUGACCAUGUCUCUGUCACUAACAAACACAGUCUUGGGUGGGUCUUUCUCACAUUCACUCGAAAGACUUGCUGUGAAAUAUGCAAAUAAGGCUUUACACCCAACAGUGUUAAAACAACACCCCCCCAAAAUACAAAAAAAUGUUUUCCCCUAACACUGAGAAAGUUUAAUAGCAUCAACUCUAAUAAAGUGUUAAUUACAUUUGUUAGGGAACCAACACUCUAGGGGUGUUAGUUUAUGAACACUUUGGAAAGUGUUAGUUUUUUAACACUAUUUAGGUGGGUCACGUAUACACACUAAGAAAGUGUUACAUUUAACACUGUGGUUGUUAAAAUUCUGAUCUCAAAUUUGCGGUGUGACAAUUCAGAUACAGUCUAUAACAGCGUUCUCCUACUCAGACAUUGCAUGCAUCAACCAAUGUUUGCGUGCCACGUCAUCAGCUGUGUCAUCGACUGACAGAUUGCUAUAAUAUAUUAUGUGGUUAGCUGAUACAUAAAAUACCUGUCCAGGCAUUGUAAGAUCUGGCAUGCAUCGGCAACGCCUGGGCAGAGGAACGCGCCCUAGGACUGUGGUGGUGUGUUUGUAGUAUUAUGUAACAACUGACUUGCUAUGUCCUUUUGUGUUGUGCGAUUUAUCUUUCUGUGGUUUGUUAAUCCAAUGAUUUCGCCCUGUAUUUUCUUUCUCAGGGCCUGUGCUUCAAAUGCCCUUAAAGAUGUAGUUUUCUACUUCUCUAAGGAACAUGGACAAGUAGCUGUGAGUAAGAGGACAACUUAAAACUGUCCCUCUGAGCGGACUGUCGAUAGACAAACACACCAUACCUCUUAUAUAUGACUGAGACAUACAGUACUCAGGGCGACAGGGUAUUGAACUUCACGCAUACUGUACAGACACACUGAACAUCAAGGUCCCCCUGGGUAAAAAGGGCUUAUGACCUCUAUGGGAUUUACAGAUUAAAUAAUGGUUAAAUAAAUAUAAACUUUGCCCACAGUUCCUCCUAGCAUCAGACGUCCACAAAGUUCUGCAAUAGUGAGUGGAAUGUCCUCUUCCCUCCAGGUGUUUGAUGCCACCAACACAACACAGGAGAGGAGGGUAUCCAUUGUGAGCUUUGCCAAGGAAAAAGGCUACAAGGCAGGUUCAGGUGCAGGCCGACUGACAGUCCUGUAACUUCUACUAUACUGUACAUCAUUAAUAAACACUGCCACUGCACCAGCUAAAUACAUAUUCAGAUGGCGAUAUACAUGAAACCUCAAUUUUGAACUGUACAAAACCCCUUUGGAAUAAUGAACACUACUCACUUUGAACAACUGAAUGUUCCUCACAGGUAUUUUUUGUGGAGUCCAUUUGUGAUGAUCCAGACAUCAUUGCACAGAAUAUCACGGUGAGAAAGUCUCCUGUCAAACUUCACUCUCAAAUACCAGAGGGCUCUCUGUUCUUAAGAUGCCAAACUCUACAAAAUGUUAAACUACACUGUGACACUGACCUUUGUCCCAGGAAGUAAAGGUGAGCAGCCCAGACUAUGUAAACUGUGACAAGGAUGAGGCACUGGCAGACUUCCUGAAACGUAUCGAGUGCUACAAGCAAACCUAUGUGCCAUUGGACGAUGAGAAAGACAGGUAGAGUUCUGUCAUUGAUGCCUCUCCGAUUAUACCAACUAGCCUGGUCCCUGAUCUGUUUGUGAUGUCUUGCCAACUCCUGUAUGGUCAUUGCCACAAACAAAUCUGGGACCAGGCUUUAUGCCAACAGCUUUUCUCCAUGAAUUAGAGAAAGAGUAACUAAACUGAAAAAAAAUACUUGCUUAACAAAAAAUCCAUCUCUCCUUCUGUGUCUCCCUAUAUUUCCCCUACAUGUUAUCGUGUCAUGCACCUGUCUUAGAGAAUAAUUGUCUCCAUAUGUGGCUCUCUCUAUAUUUCCCCUACCAAGGCACCUGUCUUACAUCAAAAUCUUCAACGUGGGCUCUAGGUACCUGGUGAACUGUGUGCAGGACCAUAUCCAGAGCCGGAUCGUCUACUACCUCAUGAACAUCCACGUCACGCCGCGCUCCAUUUACCUGAGCCGCCACGGGGAGAGCAAAAUGAACCUGCUGGGUCGCAUUGGGGGAGACUCCGGACUCUCUCCCAGGGGUCACAAGGUCAGUAGGCUACAAAGGCUCUGUCUUUAUGACAUUCAUCUCGGCACCCAGAACCUAAUCAGCUAACAUUCUAAUGUUAAGGCUGUCACUAGAGACUAAUAUGACAUCAUUGUUUUAAUCCAGAUAUACAGUGCAUUCGGAAAGUAUUCAGACAUCUUCCCUUUUUCCACAUUUUGCUACGUUACAGCCUUAUUCUAAAAUUGAUUACAUUGUUUUUUGCCCUCAUCAAUAUACACACAAUAUCCCAUAAUGACAAAGCAAAUUUAGAAAAAAUAAAAUAAUGAAAUAUCAAAGUUGUGGAGAAGUACAGAUCAGGGUUGUGUUAUAAAAAAAUAUCAGAAACUUUGAACAUCCCACGGAGCACCAUUAAAUCCAUUAUUAAAAAAUGGAAAGAAUAUGGCACCACAACAAACCUCCCAAGAGAGGGCCGCCCACCAAAACUCACGGACCAGGCAAGGAGGGCAUUAAUCAGAGAGGCAACAAAGAGACCAAAGAUAACCCUGAAGGAGCUGCAAAGCUCCACAGCGGAGAUUGGAGUAUGUGUCCAUAGGGCCACUUUAAGCCGUACACUCCACAGAGCUGGGCUUUACAGAAGAGUGGCCAGAAAAAAGCAAUUGCUUAAAGAAAAAAAUAAGCAAACACGUUUGGUGUUUGCCAAAAGGCAUGGGGGAGACUCCCCAAACAAAUGGAAGAAGGUACUCUGGUCAGAUGAGACUAAAAUUGAGCUUUUUGGCCAUCAAGGAAAACGCUAUGUCUGGCGCAAACCCAACACCUCUCAUCACCCCGAGAACACCAUCCCCACAGUGAAGCAUGGUGGUGGCAGCAUCAUGCUGUGGGGAUGUUUUUCAUCGGCAGGGACUGGGAAACUGGUCAGAAUUGAAGGAAUGAUGGAUGGCGCUAAAUACAGGGAAAUUCUUGAGGGAAACCUGUUUCAGUCUUCCAGAGAUUUGAGACUGGGACGGAGGUUCACCUUCCAGCAGGACAAUGACCCUAAGCAUACUGCUAAAGAAACACUUGAGUGGUUUAAGGGGAAACAUUUAAGUGUCUUGGAAUGGCCUAGUCAAAGCCCAGACCUCAAUCCAAUUGAGAAUCUGUGGUAUGACUUAAAGAUUGCUGUACACCAGCGGAACCCAUCCAACUUGAAGGAGCUGGAGCAGUUUUGCCUUGAAGAAUGGGCAAAAAUCCCAGUUGCUAGAUGUGCCAAGCUUAUAGAGACAUACCCCAAGAGACUUGCAGCUGUAAUUGCUGCAAAAGGUGGCGCUACAAAGUAUUGAGUUUGGGGGGUGAAUAGUUAUGCACGCUUGAGUUUUCAGUUUUUUUGUCUUAUUUCUUGUUUGUUUCACAGAAAAAAAUAUAUAUACUGUAUAUUCGAAGUGGUAGGCAUGUUGUGUAAAUCAAAUGAUACAAACCCCCAAAAAAUCAAUUUUCUUUCCAGGUUGUAAGGCAACAAAAUAUGAAAAAUGCCAAGGGGGUGAAUACUUUCACAAGCCACUGUAUAGACAGGUGUGUGCCUUUCCAAAUCAUGUCCAAUCAAUUGAAAUUAGCAAGUUACAGAAACAUCUCAAGGAUGAUCAAUGGAAACAGGAUGCACCUGAGCUCAAUUUCGAGUCGCAUAGCAAAGGGUCUGAAUACUUAUGUAAAUAAGUUUUUAUAUAUAUAUAUAUAUACUGUAUAUACAUUUGCAAAAAAAAUUUAAAAACCUGUUUUCACUUUGUCAUUAUGGGGUAUUGUGUGUAGAUUGAUUAACAUUUGUUAUUUAAUCCAUUUUAGAAUAAGGCUGUAAUGUAUCAAAAUGUGGAAAAAGUCAAAUGCGCUGUAAUUCUAAUGUCCCACCCAAUGACUUAAUGUAUUGGUCCCACCCUUGUGUAGACAAGAAAAAGCCAUGAAGCUUGGUGCAUGUGACAUUUAAAGUAUGUUUCAGGGAGUUGGGUUGAAAGAAAAAUGAUACCAUUUAAUUAUCCGCAAAGAAAAUGGACAAUAAAGCAAGUUAUUACGGAAACAAUCACCCCCACUCCCUGUGAACAUGGUCUGUCCCUGCAGUAUGCCACUGCCCUGGGAAGCUUCAUCAAGAGCCAACAUAUAAAGGAUCUAAAGGUGUGGACCAGCCAUAUGAAGAGGACCAUCCAGACUGCAGAGCAUCUGGGGAUCCCCUAUGAACAGUGGAAGGCUCUCAACGAGAUUGAUGCAGUAAGUCAAUGUUUACUGCUGAGUUUAAGCAUUCACUUUAUGUGAGUUUGUAUCGCACGUGUAUAUACAGUUUACAGUGAAUGUGUGACUAACUGGGGUUCAAACCCUGGUCACCUGCACACCACAAGACUGUAUGUAGUAGCCUACUGAGCUACUACCUCGAAGAUCUAACGCAAGUUUUCGGUUCUCAGGAUAGGUUACUCAUCAUUGUGCAUGCCUGUACCACUCAUUGACAUCUUCCCUGCACCGUCUGUUCCUCAUCAGGGUGUGUGUGAGGAGUUGACGUAUGAGGAGAUCCAGGACAACCACCCAGAGGAGUUUGCACUGCGAGACCAGGACAAGUACCGGUACCGUUACCCCAAGGGUGAGGUAGGACCCGUCUUAAUUCACCACAGAUUGCUUACCAAAUACGCACAAAAUAUACAUGCACUGUACAUUACUCUCAGACAUACUGUAGCGACCUUAGUACUGUACAUCACCUAGAGUACAACAUCUAGCAAUAUUAGUAUAACACCUAGCGAUAUUAGAACAGCACCGAGCGAUCUUAAUACAACAUCUAUCAAUAUUAGUACAACACCUAGCGAUCUUAGCACAACACCUAGCGAUCUUAAAACAACACCUAGCGAUCUUAGCACAACACCUAGCGAUUUUAACACAACACCUAGCGAUCUUAGCACAACACCUAGCGAUCUUAGCACAACACCUAGCGAUAUUAGUACAACACCUAGCUACCUUGUCAAGAGAUUAGAAUCUGCCGGUGUAACAGCUAAGGUGUUGGACUGACAGUUGCUGGAACCCGCUGGGUUCGAGUCCCGGUCGGGGCUACCAUUCUAAUUUGCAACAAUAUUGUAAUUAAAUUUUCAGGUGACACUCGUAAAGGUGGAUCUGAGUGACUGGGGAAGAUAAUUCAUAACAUACCCAUAUUAUGUGUCUCUGGGUUGAUUCACAAUGCUGAGCCAAGCCGAGCUGGAAAGGAAAGAAAGAAAAUAUAGUGCAUGGUAUGGUUCAGGUUGGUGCAAUAGUGUGAAAAAUGUAGAUUUCUGUUUAUUGUAUGUAGAUUUCUUUUUCCUCUCUCUACUAAAGUCGUAUGAAGACCUGGUCCACCGUCUGGAGCCAGUGAUCAUGGAGCUAGAAAGACAGGAGAAUGUGCUGGUCGUGUGUCACCAAGCUGUCAUGCGUUGCCUGCUGGCCUACUUACUAGACAAAACUGCAGGUACAGUAGGACAACUGUUCAACAAUACAUGGGUUUAUUUGGCAUUGUCUUGUGAUGAUCUCAGCACCCAGAACCAAAUCUUGCAUGUGCGCUCGCUGCAAGACUGUCAGGAGAGACUAGGUCUAAGACAUACAACCUUUUUUCCCCACAGAUGAGUUGCCAUACCUAAAAUGUCCUCUUCAUACAGUGCUCAAACUUACACCAGUGGCCUAUGGUAAGUUGUUGUCAAAUGGGACUUUUCACAUGCUUUAAUGCUUUAAUUUUAUACAUCAAUUUCACUCAUGGCUCUUUCUCUCCUGGUACAGGAUGUAAAGUGGAACAUGUUUUCCUAAAUGUUGAGGCAGUCAACACGCACAGAGAGAAACCUGUGGUGAGCUUUACAAAACAUGUCAAUUUAUUACAAGCACAAUAUAUUGUCUAACACUGUGACUCCAUUUGUGUUGAUGUUGUUGUUGUUGUUGUAGAAUGUGGACGUAACCAGAGACCCAGAAGAAGCGCUGAAGACUAUUCCUGACCACUUUUGAAUAUGAUUUAGAGGAUAUGGACUCUAGGACCAUAAUGAUGCUGCAAUAUGAUAUUUUCAUGUUUUAACUUUAUUUUCAAUCAAUUAUGACUACCUUUUCAGAUGAAACCUUGUCAAAAGCAGCAAGUGGCAAAGGGGAUCAAAUAUGACAAACCCCACUGCCUACGGAAACACUGAGGGGAAAAUUGACUGAUUUCUGCCUCCUCCAUGGCAACAUAGGCUAAAGCCAAGUACUGAAUAAGCAUGUGUUGUUGACUGACCUAUAAUGUACAAUAAAUAUGCCUCGGUCUGCUCUAUCUGACCCUGGUGUCUCAUACCAGCCAUUUAGUGAAGCGCAGUCAGACAGGUGGUGUCAGAGGUGGUUUGGCACUAGUGUGAAAGUGGCCCAACAUAUUGAGGUCAGUCAAACGGCUGCAGGAUAAAUUAUCAUACUUAAGUGAAAGUAAAGUUCAAAAGGUCAUCCAUUCUAGUGAACUGUUAUAAGUCCAAUGCAGCUGUUUUUAUUUUUUUAUGUACCUUACUGUGAUUGGUAAAAAAAAGAAGAAAAAAGUCAGAAAGUAACAAAAAUAGCUUCUUAG